UUUAAGGAAAAUUUUAAUCAAAAUUAAUAAUUUUAACUAUUCCAAACUCAUGAUUCAUAAACUCCCAGCUAGAGUUCAGGCUCUAGAGAAGGCCAUCAUUGAAGCCCUCAUGAUGCCACUCUGCUGCAAGACUAGGACUCUUGUAAUGCCCUUGGACUUUAACGGUAAAGAGGUAUUCAUAGGCAAGCCAGAAAGGGAUUACCCUAUAGAUUUUGUAAGCUCAAAAGCACCAAAGAUGUCUCUGAAUGAUCAGUGUGAUAAACUCAAUAAAAUUGAGCAAGACGCUUUCAAAACGAGUAAUGAGAACUCUUCAAACACCAGGACGAAGUCUGUUAGUUCAUCAUCAAGAAUCUCUGCUCAAGACCCAAAGUACCUGAACCCUGGACACUUGGGACAAAUGAAUAUCAAAGCGAAGCAGCCUCCAGUCGACGAAAUCGAGCGACUCAAAGGGUACAAAUACGAGCGGAAGUACCUGUUCAACGAGAAGACCAUGCGCACCAACACAGUGCUCAUCUGCAAGUACGAUGGAUGCAACAAAGUGUGCAACAAAACCUGGGACUUGCUCGAUCACAUGCGCAAACACACUGGCGAGAAGCCUUACCAGUGCAAGGUCUGUCUGAAGAGGUUUUCACAAAGAGGUAACGUCAUAAAGCACAAGAAGAUGCAUGAGAAGGGAGCUAAGAAGAACAGAAGAAGAAAAAGGAAGGCUAAUAACUAUUAA